AUCUUCUCCUUCUUCCUCCUCUUCCCCGUCGAACUUGGCAGUGCCUCGGUCGAACUUUGAGCGCAGUGCAGCGUUCCUUACUCCGACGUCGUUCGGCGGCUCUUCCUCGACACUCCGAGCUUCAAUCCACGUCCAUAGCCCGAUAUUCCAGAAUUUUCUUUUCUUUUCAAUUAUCAACUUGGCAUCUUUGCCUUGGUAUAUUGUUGCUUGCAAUCUUCCCAAUGGAAACUCCAGCUUCUUCACCGCCUCUGCAUAUUUUAGUUCGCGAACCCGAAGGGUUCUCUGUGUGGAAUGGACCCCCAUUUGCUAAUGGUCAACCCAGCGUCAAGCUCGAGAGAACUCCAUGCAAGAACACCAUGUUCAGCGAAGAUGGUUCCAGGCUGAUGGUGAUAAAGUCUGACUCCACGAUUGGCGUGUAUGACUGUAGCAACUUAAAGGAAAUCAGGAAUUUCGAGAUCUCCAAUUUGGCCACGGCAGCAUUGUCCCCGCGCGGGACCUAUCUCCAGACUUUCCAUAAAUCCUCAACUCCACAGGAGAAGAAUGUGAUCUUGUGGAAAGUGGCAUCUGGGGAGUCUGUCUAUCAGCUAUUCCAGAAGAACCUGACCAAAACGACAUGGCCCUCAAUCCGAUUUAGUUCUGAUGAAGCUGUUGCGUGUCGACUUGCAACAAAUGAGAUACAAUUUUUUGAUGGUAGUGACUUUUCGAAAGGUUUCAAAUAUAGGCUGAGAGUUCCUGGAGUUACUGCAGUUGAGCUGUCGAAAACUCCGGGGUCCCAUGUUGCAGCAUUUGUUCCAGAGUCUAAGGGUGUUCCUGCCAGUGUCCAAAUAUUUGCUUGUAGGGAGGAUCUGCAGAGUCAAUCUGUUGCACGGCGAAGUUUCUUCCGCUGCUCAUCGGUGCAACUGCACUGGAAUUCUGGGUCAACUGGACUUCUGGUUGUGGUGCAGUCUGAUGUUGAUAAAACCAACCAGAGUUACUAUGGGGAAUCAAAGCUAAACUACUUGACAACAGAUGGGACCCAUGAAGGGCUUGUGCCUCUUCGUAAAGAGGGACCUAUUCAUGAUGUUCAGUGGUCGUAUUCUGGUUUGGAAUUUGCUGUUGUUUACGGAUUCAUGCCGGCAAAGGCUACCAUUUUUGACAAGAAGUGCAAUCCGCUCCUUGAGCUUGGAACAGGCCCUUAUAAUACCAUCAGAUGGAAUCCGAAGGGGAAGUUUAUAUGUUUGGCAGGUUUUGGUAACUUACCUGGUGACAUGGCAUUUUGGGAUUACAGGGAGAAGAAACAGCUGGGAACAACAAAAGCUGAAUGCUCUGUAACAAGUGAGUGGUCGCCAGAUGGCUGCUAUUUUAUGACUGCCACAACAGCUCCAAGACUACAAGUUGAUAAUUGUAUUAAAAUGUUCCACCACAACGGAUCACUAUUCUUUAAGAAGAUGUUUGACAAGUUAUACCAGGCUGAAUGGAAACCAGAAUCACCCGAGAGAUUUGGUGAAGUUGCCGAAUUGAUAAAGUCUGUUGACUCUCUAAAGGUGGAAGAAAGAAAACCACAAGGACAAACAGCAAAAUCAACUCAGAAUUCUGCAAAGAUAUCUUCCACCAAUAUGCCUGCACAGAAACCUGCUGCCUAUCGUCCACCAAAUGCUAAGAAUGCAGCUGCCGUCCAGGCAGAGCUGUUUGGAGAGAGCUCUUCGGAAACAUUGAGCAAGAACGCAUUGAGAAACAAGAAGAAAAGGGAGAAACAAAAAGAAAAAAAAGCUGCGGAGGCUGGUGAUUCCUGAUGUGAUAGUUACUGUGAGUUUCAUGUCUAGAAUCUUGGUCAUCGGUUGGAUUUCCCGCGCACAACAAAGGCGCCCCGGUGAAGAACAGCGGCGCAAUGUCUUCUGGCAAUCCCCUUGGAGUGGAGCUCCUCCAAUGAUGCCGGUAUUGGGCUUUUGAGUGAAGAUUGGAAGACUUGACUUGUGAGGAGAUGAUCAGAGUACUUCUUUGCUCUC